UCCACCAUUCCUAGAUUAGAUAAUCGAAAAUGGACUAGAUUAAAUGGGAUUUUGAUAUAUAUAUUUUUGUUUCUUUUCAAUUAUUUUCUUGAAUAAUCGUACGUAAGAUUUACAAAACAAUCGAUUAUUUACACUGGAAGGAGAAAGAGGGCCGUCAUCACUCCCAGUCCUGCAAUUCUCCAAAACCCAGAUUUUGCUCGAGGAUGUGAUCUGAAAUUGGUCAACGGAUCCUCAUGUCUCUAUCCUUUUAGCCUGCGAGACCUUGUUCGAGAUAGUGGAAUGGAAAAGAAAAAAAUUGAUGACUACGAGCCAGGUCCAGUUCCCUUGCCAAGACCGUUGGACAGAUUUGGGUUUGUAAAGCAGGAACUUAAUAAUUCUCCUGAUGGUUUAACAAAAGGCAGGCCAGCUUAUGAAUAUGAGAGGGAAGAAAGAAGGGUUAGAAAAUGGAGGAAAAUGAUUGGGGUUGGAGGGAGUGAUUGGAAGCAUUAUGUCAGGAGAAAACCUCAUGUUGUUAAAAGGCGAAUAAGGAAAGGUAUUCCUGAUUGUUUAAGAGGUCUUGUUUGGCAAUUGAUCUCUGGAAGUCGGGACCUUUUGCUGAUGAACCCUGGGGUUUAUGAGCAACUAGUUAUAUAUGAGACAUCAGCUUCAGAACUAGAUAUAAUACGAGACAUUUCGCGUACAUUUCCUUCACAUGUUUUCUUCCAGCAGAGACAUGGACCUGGUCAAAGGUCCCUUUACAAUGUUUUGAAGGCAUACUCUGUCUUUGACAGAGAUGUUGGAUAUGUUCAGGGAAUGGGUUUUUUAGCUGGUCUAUUGCUUCUUUAUAUGAGUGAAGAGGAUGCGUUUUGGUUAUUGGUAGCAUUACUGAAAGGAGCUGUCCAUGCCCCAAUGGAAGGAUUAUAUCUGGUGGGGCUGCCUUUGGUACAACAGUACUUUUUUCAGUUUGAUCACUUGAUGAGAGAGCAUUUACCAAAGCUGGGGGAGCAUUUUUCUCAAGAAAUGAUAAAUCCUAGCAUGUAUGCAAGUCAGUGGUUCAUAACCGUUUUCUCAUACUCUUUUCCAUUCCAUUUGGCUCUUCGAAUUUGGGAUGUUUUUCUUAGUGAGGGUGUUAAAAUUGUUUUUAAGGUUGGUUUGGCCCUAUUAAAAUAUUGUGCUGAUGACUUGAUAAAAUUACCUUUCGAGAAACUCAUACAUGCUUUGCGUAACUUCCCUGAGGAUGCAAUGGAUCCAGAUACGUUAUUACCAAUGGCCUACUCAAUUAAGGUAUCUAAGCGUUUGGAGGAACUGAAGCUGGAGUAUGAGAAGAAGAAUGGAGAGCCAGUUCAAUCAGCAGAAUUUAACGGAAAGCAGAAAUUGUGACAAUGAAAGGUUCUCUCAUCCAAGAGGAGCUAAGCCUUAAAUUCCUGUUCUUUUGUUCUUUGUUUUAGUGGUGUAAUUGUAUGAGGAAACACGUGUAUAUAUCAGACAGACAGUGUUAUCAUGCGACUGUUCAUAACUCUGCUUGCUCCAGUCGUUGCUUAAACUAUCUAUGAAACCACAGUUUAAUUUA